UUGUUUCUCCAUACUGUUGUUGGUUACAAGAGAGGUACAAGAAAUACCCAUCAUGGCGACAUUAGGCUCAGUGGUCAAUAUGGACAGCAUCGAUUUGUAUUCGGCCGCAGCCGCUCUCCAUGGUGACGGCAGUCUCAUGGUGUCACCGUUAAGCAUUCUCUACUGCUCCAUGCUGCUGUAUCUGGGAGCCGAAGAACGGACGAAGACCAAUCUGGAAUCCAGCUUCCAUUUUGAUACAGCGUUUUACAGCGAUCGAUCAGCCGCAUUGUCCAUGUUUUCUAAUGGACUGGCAUUUUUCCAGAAUGCCACCACAAACACUCAGGAUAAUUUUCUCCUCACCAGUUUAGUGAACGAGAUUUUUGUGGCUGACCGAGCACUGAAUGCCAUGAAUGUUCCUGUGCCGGUUACACUAAAAUCCGAAUACCAGCAAUCCAUCAACGCGCUACAUUCCCUCGCUCAGACGAAAAACUUUCUGGACCAACCGGAUCAGUCGCGGCAAGAAAUUAACGCCGAGGUGGCGCGUAAUACCGCCAACACAACUCAAAACUUGCUGCCAGAGAAUUCUGUUACAAACAUUACCGUUAUUGUUUUGGUGAACACCCUGUAUUUCAAAGGUUCAUGGCUCAAUAAGUUCAAUGAACGUGCCACAAGCAAAGCGCCGUUUACACUAUUAAACGGCAGUACGGUACAGGUCGACAUGAUGCACCAGACUACAUCCUUCAAUUAUACCGAAGACGACCAACUGGACAUACAAUGCGUUGAACUGCCGUUCCAUUCGUUUAAUGCGUCCAUGCUGAUUCUUUUACCGCGACAAAGUAACGGCCUGCGCAAACUGGAGAAAGCACUGACACAACAAUCUUUGCAGUCACUUGGACAAAAAGCCACAGAACGACGAGUCGAUCUGUCCCUGCCCAAGUUUAAAUUCACCGCGAAUUAUGAUUUGGUUAAGAUCCUACAGGCGGUUGGAGUGAGCGAUGUUUUCAAUAGAACGUUGGCUGAUUUAUCGGGAAUGGUUAAUGGCAUCAGCAUCAUUAAUGGCGUCAGUACUGGAUCAUUUCCAAGAAUAUAUGUUUCUGCGGGUUUCCACCAGACGUUCAUAAGUGUAGACGAAAAGGGAACGGAAGCCUCGGCAGCUAGCGCCCUAGUGCUCACGUCUACAUCCUCCGGUUUCAAUGGAACCCCGCCACCACCCGUUGUUUUCAAAGCAGAUCAUCCAUUUUUAUAUAUAAUUCGCAACAAUCCAUCCAAAUCAGUGAUGUUUAUGGGAAGAGUGGAGUCAUUCUAAUAAUAAGUAAUAAAAGAAACGUAUGUACAAUAACCUGGAACUGUUGGAAUUCGCUGUAACCAAUAGCUCGGUAUGCGUACUGCUGGUAUGUUUAGACACCGUGACAAUGACAUUAGUGCCAGCUGCGUUGACCUUUAAAAUUUUCUUAAAUUAUGA